AAACCUCAAUGGGUGUAAAGAUAAACGCGCAGACGAACAAACAAUCGGAAUAUGCUUUCGCGGUCAAAGAAAUGUGCAGGAUAACCGCCGACCGAAGUUUUUCGGCCCUGAAGCAGUCGAAUACACUGUAUGCACUAACGGGAGAUUAUUACAAGGAAUCGAAAUAUGUGAAGCUCUUACACGCCAAUACCGACUCUUUGAUUCGUGCUAGGAAGAAAGCGUUACAGGGAAGUGAAGGACAGCAAAUCGAUGAAGAUUUGGGUGAAAAAAAGAAAUUAGCCUUCCUCGAUUUACUGUUACAGUCUAAAGUAGAUGGCGAACCUUUACCUGAUUGGUACAUUAAAGAAGAAGUCAACACGAUGCUGUUUGAGGGGCAUGACACCACUGGUGCAGCCAUCAGCUUUGCCUUGUAUUCUUUAGCAGAAAAUCCAGAAGUACAGGCACAAGCUAUGGAAGAGCAACGGACAAUAUUUGGGAAAAACAGAAACCGACCUAUAACCUUUGACGACAUUCAUGUAAUGAAAUAUUUAGAGUUAGUAAUCAAAGAAACAUUACGAUUGUAUCCAUCCGUGCCAUUUUAUGGAAGGAAGAGCGACGUAGACAUCAAAUACAAAGGUAUAAUUUUUAUUAAUUAA